AUGUCACUCUCAGUGCGCACCUCUGCACUGUCCCGGCGUCUGUCUACCCAGAGCGGGGUGGCAGGCAGACCAAGGGGCAUGUCCGCUUCCAGUGUGGGAAGUGGCUUUGGCUUUGGCUUUGGGGCGAGCUGUGGGGGAGGUUUCUCCGCUGCUUCCAUGUUUGGUCCUAGCGCUGGCUUUGGCGGUGGCUCUGGAAGCUCCUUCUUCACAGGAGGACUGGGCUCUGGCUACGGGGGGUGCCUGGGAGGUGGCUUUGCCGGGCUCGGGAUGGGAUUUGGGGGAAGCUCUGGGGGCGGCUCUCUGUAUCUCCCCUCUGGCAAUGAUGGGGGCCUCCUUUCUGGAUCUGAGAAAGAAACCAUGCAAAAUCUUAAUGAUAGAUUAGCUUCCUACCUGGACAAGGUUCGAGCUCUAGAAGACGCUAAUGCUGAGCUCGAAAACAAAAUUCGGGAGUGGUAUGAAGCACGUGGCCACGGGCAUGGAGACUGCGGGCCGCAGCAUGACUACAGCAAGUAUCACCCACUGAUCGAAGACCUCAGAAAUAAGAUCAUUUCUGCCAGCAUUGGAAAUGCCCAGCUCAUCUUGCAGAUCGACAACGCAAGACUGGCUGCCGACGACUUCAGAAUGAAGUUUGAGAAUGAGGCUGCCCUGCGCCAGACGGUGGAGGCCGACAUCAACGGGCUGCGCAGGGUGCUGGACGAGCUGACCCUGGCCAGAGCCGACCUGGAGGCGCAGAUCGAGAGCCUGACUGAGGAGCUGGCCUACAUGAAGAAGAACCACGAGGAGGAGCUACAAAGCUGUCGGGCAGGUGGCCCAGGUGAGGUCAGCGUGGAAAUGGAUGCCGCACCGGGCGUGGACCUCACCAGGCUCCUCAACGACAUGAGGGCACAGUACGAAGCCAUCGCCGAGCAGAACCGGAAGGACGCGGAAGCCUGGUUCAUUGAAAAGAGCGGGGAGCUCAGGAAGGAGAUCAGCACCAACACGGAGCAGCUUCAGUCCAGCAAGAGCGAGGUCACCGACCUGCGGCGCGCACUUCAGAACCUGGAGAUCGAGCUCCAGUCCCAGCUUGCUAUGAAGAAAUCCCUGGAGGACUCCUUGGCCGAAACCGAAGGCGACUACUGUGGCCAGCUGUCCCAGGUGCAGCAGCUCGUUGGUGACCUGGAGGCGCAGCUGCAACAGGUGCGCUCCGACACCGAGCGCCAGAACAUGGACUACCAGCGGCUGCUGAACGUCAAGGCCCGCCUGGAGCUGGAGAUAGAGACCUACCGCCGCCUGCUGGAUGGGGAGGCCCAAGGUGAUGGCUUGGAUGAGAGUUCAGCUAUGACAGGCUCCAGAUCUCAAGCACAGUCAAUUGAUUCCUCUAAAGACCCAUCCAAAACCCGAAAAAUCAAGACAAUCGUGCAGGAGGUGGUGAAUGGUGAGGUGGUGUCAUCCCAAGUUCAGGAAAUCCAAGAACUAAUGUAA